GAAUCAUUUCCGCUUUAGACUCUCGUCAGUAAUCUAUCACUUUUAGUCUGAAGUUUGUAUAAUCUAAUAGCCGACAUAUUGUUUUUGGGAAGUUGAGUCAUCAUAAAAACGUUUAAUGUACGUUUUCAACAAAUCUAAACAUGGGGUCUGCUAAAAGUGACAAUAUAUCAAAUAAUACCAAAAAUGUCUCUAAACCAUAUGGUAACGUGAUAAUUACGUUAAAAAAUCAGUUACUUCCCGAGGAAAAACUUUCACCAACUCCAUCUCAAUUGGAUGGGCUUGGUAUAGAUACAGAAACAGAUUUACGUAUUUAUGGGUGUGAAUUAAUACAAACAGCGGGUAUUUUGCUUAAAUUGCCACAAGUAGCAAUGGCUACAGCUCAAGUUCUCCUACAAAGAUUUUACUAUUCCAAAAGUCUUGUACGACAUCCUGUUGAACACACUGCAAUGGCAUGUGUCUGCUUAGCUUCCAAGAUUGAGGAAGCACCAAGACGGGUUAGAGACGUGAUUAAUGUCUUUACCCAUAUUCGGCAAGUCAACUCUAACAAGCCAAUUCAACCGGUUAUUCUGGAUCAAAACUACAUUCAUCUUAAAAACUUGAUUAUAAAAGCAGAAAGAAGAGUGUUGAAAGAGUUAGGCUUCUGUGUACACAUUAAACACCCCCAUAAGAUUAUUGUGAUGUAUCUUCAAGUGCUUGGGUAUCACAAUCACCAAAAACUUAUGCAAUAUUCAUGGAACUACAUGAACGAUUCAUUGAGGACUGAUAUUUUUGUAAGACACCAACCUGAAACAGUAGCAUGUGCGUGUAUUUACUUAACUGCUAGGAAACUAAAACUGCCCCUGCCGAAAAAUCCAUCAUGGUUUUCAAUAUUUGGCGCGACUGAAGAAGAAAUUCGUGAUAUUAGCAUUAGGAUAAUGAAACUCUACACUCGACCUAAACCAAAUAUAGAAUCAUUAGAGAAAAAAGUAGAAGAAUUGUGUGAAAAAUAUAAGGCUGCCCGAACAAAAGCAAGAGGUUCUGGGAAUAAUACUCCGAAUAAUAAUACAAGUCCAAGUCAAGAUAAAACUGGAGCCCAUAAUGCCUGGGGAGGAUUUAUUAGCCGUUCUGGGAGUCAUUUUGUGCCAUCUAUAAAUGAUAAACGUUCAAGAUCAAGAUCUAGAUCAGUUACUCAUUCUCCUGAGAAUAAACAUAAGAAGAGGUCAAAAAAGCAUAGAUCCAGAAGUAGGUCAAUAAGUAGGAAUCAUAAGAAGAACCAUAAGAGGAAAAGUUAUUCCAGAUCAAGAAGCAACACCCCACCAACAAAAUCUAAAAAAAGGGAUCGUAGGAGGUCAUCGAGGUCACCCAGUAACGAUCGAGACUCUAAAAAUGAUCGUUAUAUUGAUAGAUAUGAUAAAUAUGAAAAAGAUAGAUAUAGAGAGGAGGAUCGAGAUAGAUAUACAGAAAAAGACAAAUACGAUGACAGACGAGAUAGAAAAGACAGAUACGAUAGAGACGACAAAUACAAAGAUAGGGAUGAUAAGUAUUUAUCUAGAGAAGAUAGAGACAAAUACAAAAAAUCAAAACAUCGUGAUGAUGAAAAAUCUGAAAGUAGAUCCAAAGACAGAAGGAGGUGAAGAUAAUUUGAAUAAUGUACAGUUUUAAUAAUGCCUGGUUUUUAUAUUAGUUGUAAUUUUUUAAAUAUACUAUAAACAUGUACAAAAUUGUAAAUAGAUAUAUUUUCCAUAG